AGAAUAGCAUACAUCAAGAAUGACUUUGAAUAUCGUUGAUUUUCUUUUGUAAUUAAAUUUAUUAUUUUCAAAGACCCGGUUUACCUAUUUCAGCAAUUUUAUUUAAUUCAAACACUGAUAAUGUUUAGAAGAAAGGCAAUUAUGAUACGAGUGGUCUUUGGAGGGAGGAAAUACAUUUCGGGGACUCCCUUGAACAGGACAUAUAUAAUAUGCAGGCGAUAUCACCAACCCACCCAGUUGCAGUACUUGACAUUGCGAAACACACACAUGCCCAUGACUAUGCAGCUAUCCCGAAGAGUGCACAUUUCUCCAGUUUUGAGUGGCGAAGAAACUGUAUCAGCGCCUACAUUCCCUGAUUCUGUCAGCAGUGGAGAUGCAAAGUUGCUCAAGAAGGAGGGUGAUGCCGUCGCAAUGGAUGAAGUGAUAAUGGAAAUUGAAACGGAUAAGACGGCCCUGCCGGUCAUGUGCCCUGGACAUGGCACCAUUACUAAAUUUUUUGUAAAACAAGGCGAUUCUAUCAAGUCUGGACAAAAACUGUUUUCGGUGAACGUAACAGGCGUGGCUCCGGCUAAGGGAGCAGCUCCAGCUCCAGCUCCAGCUCCGGCAGCGGCAAAACCAAAAGCUGCUCCGGCCGCUGCACCUGCCGCUGCACCCGCCGCUGCACCCGCCGCCGCGCGCCCUGCCCCCGUUGCAGCCGCGGCCCCUCGUGCAGCAGCACGUAUUAAAGGCACAGCAGCAAAACCUCCAGCUUUGGCAGCUUUGAAAAUUGGUGAUCCUACGAAAUCAAUAUCGGGCACUCGCACCGAGCAUCCGGUUCCAAUGAAUAGAAUGCGUUUACGCAUAGCAGAGCGGCUGAAAGACGCGCAGAAUACAACCGCUAUGUUGACAACCUUCAACGAAUGUGAUAUGAGCAAACUAAUGGCGUUCCGCAAGGCAAACUUAAAAACGUUUACACAGAAAUAUGGCGUGAAGCUGUCGUUCAUGUCACCGUUCAUAAAGGCUGCAGCGAACGCCCUCAUGGACCAGCCAGUCGUCAAUGGAGUUAUAAUCAACCAAGACAUUGUCUAUCGAGACUAUGUGGACAUAUCCAUCGCAGUGGCCACACCUCGUGGAUUAGUCGUGCCCAUCAUUCGUAACGUAGAUUCUAUGGACUAUCCACGAAUCGAACUCGCUAUGAAUGAGCUAGCAAAGAAAGCUAGGGAUGGUCGACUCUCACCGUCUGACAUGCAAGGUGGAACCUUCACGUUGAGCAAUGGUGGAGUAUUUGGAUCCCUCCUCUCUAUGCCCAUAAUCAAUCUACCGCAGUCGGCCAUAUUGGGCAUGCACGCCAUCAUACCACGACCUGUCGCAGUAUCCGGCAAGGUUGAAAUCAGGCCCAUGAUGUACCUGGCUCUGACCUACGACCACAGGUUGAUUGAUGGCCGCGAAGCAGUGCUAUUCCUAAGAAAAGUAAAGUCAGGAGUUGAAGACCCAACUUCAAUUCUUGCGGGAAUUUAGUUGUAUACGGACAAGUCUAGGUUAUAGUCUCGCGCAGAUUACCUAUGAAUUUAUUUAUGAUAGUUCUGAAAUGUGUAAUUCCUUUUCAAAAUUAAAUUUGUAGGUAUGCCUUGGAGAAACUAAAACUGGAUUUAAGUUUAACAAUAACAUCGUAACCUCACGGUUCCGUAAGGGCUUCUGUAAAGCACGAUGUUUUGCGUAAAGUUCAACUUGACAUUUCCAGUGGAUUAAUGACUUUUAUGAUUACAAUGGAAUAAAUGCAAU